AUGGCGCUAAAUCAGAUCAAUUGGUCUGCGAAGUGAAUUGUAUGAACUCUGCAGAUUCAUGUGGAACAGGUGGUCGAGUCGUUGAUCCAGUAUCGAUAGCUGACAAUUACUCAUCCAUUUUACAGAAUCACGACCGUGAAUUUGUUGGUUUCCAGUUCUUUUACGCGUCAUUUGGAUGUCUUUAUUGUUUUUUGAUUCUUUUAAUUCACCGAAUUGGAGGUUGAACGUAGCUUUUGUGGGUUUAAUGGUUAUUUGAUUCAAUUUAGGUCUCAUUUUAAAAUUCUAUUCAGCUUCUUGAUUUCCCAGCAUUGUUUUAUUCUGUUUGAGAUAUAGUUCUCGUUGAGGUUAAGGCGAUUGAGUUAUAAGAUAUCGACAUGUCUGAGAAUCAUGGUCCAGAGCCGGCACUGCAGAGUUCAGGAAAUGGAGCUGAAGGGGUGGAAACUGUGCUCCAUGUUAAUGUUGGGGAGUCAUCUUCUGAGACUGCCGCGGACGCGACUUCGGAGAAUGACUCCGUUUUGCAGUCCUCUGAAGUGUCCAGUGGAUUCUCCCCUUCUGUGCCGAACCAGAGAUCAACAUUGUCGCCAGUGGCUCCUCUUACUGAAGGUGCAGAGAACUCGGGAAAAGAUGACCCUGAUGGUGGUACUGUAGUAGUCAAAGAUGCUGGAAAAGACGAUAUGUUUGUGGACUGCCCGGACGAGUUAGCUGGCAAUGCUGAUGGCAAAGAAGCAGUUGCUGCUACUGAAACUCAAGGUAGUUUGAUGGAGGAAACGCCUUCUGAUAUGCAACAGGAAAUACAAUAUGAGAUAGAAAAGGUUUCUCUGAUGGACGAGGUGGAAAACACGAGGGCCACUCUGAAUGGGACCAUUUUCGAGAAAGAAAAUGUCAUACACGAUUUUGAGAAAGAAAAAGAAGCUUUUGUGCAAGAACUUCUUAUCAUUUGUGGCCAACUCAAGACUGCUACUAAUCGACAGUCAUUGGUCAAAGUUACUGGCAAUCAGUUGAAUGAGAGUCUUGAUUUGCAUGGAAUUGAGCACAUGGAAGAGAACACUCUGAUUUCUAAUACCACAUUGAAAGACUUGGUAAAUGAAUGCUCACAGUUGGUUAAUAGGACUUUAGAUGAACGAUUGCAGUACGAGGCUACUAUAGGAGAACUCCGUCAUAACCAUUUAGUGAAGGAUCAAGCGAUUGAGUAUCUUAAUGCAAAAGUUGUUGAAUAUACGGUGUCUGAUGAAGUUGUUCGCUCUUACACGAACUCAAUUGAAGAUUCUGUGAAAGUUUCGUCUGCAAAGGAGAGGGAAAUGGAAGCCACAUUAGAUAGAGUGUUAACGUCUCUCAACUCGGUAUUGAAUCAGCAACAUCUUCUUGACGAUUCUAUAUCAGAAAAAACACUUCAUGUUGAAAUAAAUACUUCUAUGUUAAUUGAUAAUUAUAACAAAAUCCUUCUGAAAAUUAAUCAACUCCAAUCAUGUUUAACUGGGGCAGAGUCAGACAUCAUCUCCACUGAAGCUGGAGCAAUUUGGGCCACUACCCAUACUGAGUUAAUUGAGCUCAAAGCUAAAGAGGUCAGCAAUGCUGAAAAAAUGUAUCAUCUGGAAGACGAAAAUAGAAGAUUGGCAGAUAAGAUAGACAAUUACAGAUUGACAGUUGAGACUGUUAAUGGCGAACUUGAAAAGGUAAAAAGUGAGCUGGAGCAAGAAAGGAUAAGGUGUGUUAAUACCAAAGAGAAGUUAACAAUGGCUGUGACAAAAGGCAAGGCAUUAGUACAGCAACGUGAUGCAUUGAAACAGUCUCUAGCUGAAAAAAGUCGGGAGCUUGAAAAAUAUUCUGUCGAACUACAAGAGAAAUCAAAUGCUUUGGAGACUGCUGAACUAAUUAAGGUUGACUUGGCUGAAAGUGAAACUUUAGUUGCAUCACUUCAGGAAAAUCUGUUGCAAAGGAAUAUGGUCCUCGAAAGUUUUGAGGAUGUUAUAUCUCAAAUUGAAGUUCCUCGGGAACUUAAAUCAAUGGACAGUAUGCAAAGACUCAAGUGUCUUGUGGAUGAGAAGAAAGUUCUGGAGGCUAUUUUAUUGGAGUUUCAGAAGUUAAAAGAUACUGCAAAACUUAUCUGAUUGGCUGGAUUUGAUUGCACCUUAUGACCUGAAAUCUUCUGUCUGUUGGCUUAAGGAAUCAUUUUUUCAGGCUAAAUAUGAAAUAAUGGUCUUGCAAGACGAACUUGCUAAAACUAAAGAUGCAGCACAAGGAGAGAUUGAUCGCAUAAGUGCUUUACUUUUAAUUAAAUUACAGGAAACGGACUAUCUCCAGGAGCAGUUGGAUGACCUUUUAAGCAAAUAUGAAGAAGUCAAGAUAAAAAUGCAUCAGACAUCGUUGGAGAAGGCUCAACUCAUAAACAUGUUACAAGAAGAAUCUGGAGUGACAACAGAUGAUGGAGGGGUCAGUGAAACUUCGUUGGACUUGAACUUGCUUGUUUACAGAUGCUUUCAGAGGAUAAAAGAGCAGGCUUGUGCAUCUGCUGAAAUCUCAGGUUAAGAUCAGUAUCUCAAGAACUUAGAGAAGCGAAAGAGGAAAACGACUCUUUGCAGAGGGAUUUUCAAAGAUUAGAGGAGAAAUAUGCAUGGCUAAGGGAAAAGUUGUCCUUGGCUGUUAAGAAAGGCAAAGGACUGGUUCAGGAUAGGGAAAAUAUGAAAAGUGUCUUGGAUGACAAGAACAUAGAAAUAGAGAAGUUGAAACUACAAUUAGAUAGUCUAGAGUCGACAGUUGCUAAUUGCAGAAAUCAAAUCAAUUUGUUGUCUAUUGAUCCACAACGCAUUCCAGAGUUGGGAGUCUGAACUUGGCAUCUUGAGGGACAAAUGUAAUCAAUACGGGCAGUUCUUGUUGGAGAGCAAUGAUAUGUUACAGAAAGUAAUUGAAUCAAUUGAUAGAAUUGUUCUUCCCAUUAAUAUGGUUUUUGAAGAGCCUAUAGCUAAGGUGAAGUGGAUUGCAGAUUACAUUAGGAAAUCUCAUGAUGCUAAGAUACGUACGGAACAAGAAUUGGAGAAUGUUAAAGAGGAGUCGAGUACUAUGGAAAUUAAAUUAGGAGAUGCUUUAGCUGCUAUGAAAUCAUUGGAAAAUGGAUUAUCAUCUGCUGUGAACAACAUUUUUCAGCUUUCUGAAGAAGGGAAAUAGAAUCUAGUAAGAUACAUAUUGAACAGGAAUUAGAGAAAACAUUAAAUGAAGCCUAUUCACAGUCCAGCAAGUCUGCGGAAGCUUCAUUGUCUCUGAAGCUACUUCAAGAGUCGUUAUCACUGGCAGAAAAUAAAGUAUCUGUGCUUGUCAGAGAGAAAGAAGAAGCUGAAGUUUGUAAACUCAAUGCAGAGAUAGAGUCUAAGAAAGUAAAGGAGGCAGUGGCUGUCCAGACAGAUAAAUUGGCAGAAGCCCAAGGAAUUAUAUCCACAUUAGAAAAGACUUUAACUGAGCUUGAGACCAAUGUUGCUUUACUAACGGAACAGAAUGCUGAAGCACAAAGUGGUAUAGAGAAGCUAGAGACAGAACGAAAGGUAUUACAAGAGGAAGUCAGUUCUCAAGCGAGAAAAGUUGUUGAGGCGACAGAAACAAGAAAAUCAUUGGAAGAUUCAUUAUUUAAGGCAGAAAGUACAAUUUCUAUAAUUGAAGGUAAGAGGAGAAAUUCUGAAAAUGAGAUAUUUGCUCUAAAUUCCAAAUUAAAUGCAUGCAUGGAAGAGUUGGUUGGGAUGAAUGGCAGCUUACAGAGCAGAUCUGCAGAGUUCGCGGGCUACCUCAAUGAUCUUCAUAAGUUUAUUGCAGAUGAGACAUUGUUGACUGUGGUGACAGGAUGCUUUGAGAAGAAACUUAAGAGUCUAAGAGAGAUGGAUAUCAUUUUGAAGAACACCAAGGAUUGUCUAGUUAACAGUGGCAUAAUAGAUUCUCAUGAUCACCAUGCUGUUAAGGAUCCGAAUGUUAAGGAAUCUCUUUCUUAUGGAAAGCUCCUUGAUUUUGCUGUUGCAAAUGAAAGUGAUAAGGUGGUUGUUGAAGAUGAUGUUGGCAAUAUUUCAUUAUCUUUUAGAAAGAUUAUGGAAGAAAUCUGGUUAAAGAACAAGAAGUUCACAGAUUAUUUUGAAGGUAUCUCCUCUUCAAUGGAUGGGUUUAUUGCUAAUCUAUUAAAACAAGUGGAAGCAACAAGAGAGGAAGUAGUUUUUGUGUGUGGACACAUUGAAUCCUUGAAAGAGAUGGUGAAGAAUCUCGAAAUGCAUAAACAGGAACAAAAACAUACCAAAGUGAUGCUAGAAGAUGAUGUUUCCCUUCUAUUGUCUGCCUGUAUUGACACAACAAAAGAGCUUCAGUUUGAAAUGACCAACCAUCUACUUCUACUCAGCUCUAUUCCCGAACUUGACAACUUGAAGGAUACCAUAUCCAUGGAAAGUAGUGAGACUAGUGGAGCUUCACCUGCAGAGUCUCGAGCAAAAUCAUCUUGUAGCAAAUCAGCUUCCGCUGCAGAACAAUUAUUAUCUGCUAGCAGAAAAGUUCAAUUUAAACAGUUUGAGAGUUGCAGCUUGUAGAAUUCAAGAUAUGCAGCAUAUAUUGGAAAAAACUGAGGCAACUACUGAGAAAAUUAGAAAGGAAAAGGACUUGAACCAGAAUAUGGUAGUUAAGUUGGAGACUGAUUUACAACUAUUUCAGAGUUCCUAUGUUGAACUUAGUCGUCAACUGGAGACUUGUCAA